AUGAAGCCGAGCACAGCAAUUGCAGACGGAAGAUGCAAACGUCACAACAUCACUUCUCCCUCACUUCUCCCUUACUUCUCCCUCACUUCUCCCUUACUUCUCCCUCACUUCUCCAUUACUUCUCCCUCACUUCUCCAUUACUUCUCCUUCUCUUCUCGCUUACAUCUCCUUCACUUCUUCCUUACUUCUUGUAUUUUCCCUUAUAAUUUUCGCAUUUUGUUUUACUAUGUAAUUCUCAAUAUGUUUGCUCUUCUUUUAGAUUUGUUGUUUUACUCUUUGUCCACUGCCUUACUCUCCAUCUUCUGCAUUACUCUCUGUCUUUCUUCUUUCUCAUCUCUCUCUCAUUCAUUUUUUUUGUUUAGCUCUGUUUUUAUUCCCUACCUUACUCCACGUCUUCCUCUUGAUUCUCCUUACUCUCCAUAUUCUGCAUUUUCGAUAUUGCUCUUCUUUUUUCCUCUUACUUUCUCUCCCCAUCUCACAUUUUCUCCAUUAACCUUCGACUUCUUACUUUCUCUCCUCAGCUCUCAGUCAUUCUUAAUGAUGGCUCUGUUUUUAUUUCCCACCUUACCCUCCGCCUACCUCUUCUUUCGCCCUACUCUCCAUAUUCUUUCAGUACACAUUACUCUCCAUCAUCCUCAUUUUAUCCAUUACUCUCAAAUCUAUCUUCUUACUUUUCGCCAUCUUCUAUCCUCCGCUGCCAUUCCUUGUUCAUCUUUUAGAUAUGCUCCUUUCUUAUUUCCUACAUUAUUCGUUUUCUUCUGCUUUACUCUUCCAUAUUUUUUGUACUUUUUCAAAUAUAAUCUAACUUAUUCAACAACUAUGUAUCUACGCCCCUCUCCUUGUAAAUAUCCUUUUCUCUCUUUUCGCUACUCCCUCUAUCGUCCUUUUCUUUUUUGUUUCACUCUUUAUCUGAUUCUGUUGCCUACUCACACUCCCUCUUGUUUCUAA